AUGGAUCCCGACGACGCCGACUCGACCUCGUACUCGAUUGCGGUCGCACCACUCGACGACAGCAUCGUCGCCGACUCCCCUCGUUGCGGUGACGACGAGCCCCACGACAUGGAUGGCGCAGAGAAGCCGACGCUUCUGGACCCUAUCUCGCUGGACGGGCCAGAUCUGACACCAGAUCUGACACUCGACGCACCAGAAUCCUUGUCACCACUCUCGACAAGCUCGUACCACAUCACGACGAUGUCGCCAAACGAGAGCAUUGCCGGCCACAGCCGAGUCUCCUUCCAGCUACAGCAAGCGCUCGAGGUCCUCCUCGCCCAGCUCUCGGUCACGAGCCUUGGACCUGUGGUGCUCUGGCGCUGGGGCCACCUCAAGCUGUCCCAGCACUUGUACUUUGUAUGCAUUCAAGUCAGCUACUCGGAGAACGAUCCGCCAGUCGCCAUGGUGCCGUGGCAGUCCCUCGACGCCCUUCUCAAC